UAUCCAACUUCCACAUAACCUCCACAACUUCCAACUGUCUUUUGAUUCACUUCUCGAAACCCAUCCAAAAAAAAAAAAUGCCUUCAUCCUCCACCACCGUCGUCUCCAAAUGCACUGUCUACCCUAGCCAGCCCUCCUUCCUCAAAUCCCUCAAGCUCUCCGUCUCCGACCUCCCCAUGCUCUCUUGUCACUACAUUCAAAAGGGAAUCCUCCUCCCUCCUCCUCCUUUCUCCUUCCCUGACCUCCUCCACUCUCUCAAGCGCUCUCUUUCCGUUACUCUCUCCUUUUUUCCCGCCCUCGCCGGCCGCCUCUUCACUGAUUCCGACGGCUACGUUCAUAUUCUGUGCAACGACGCUGGCGUCGAUUUCAUCCACGCCUCCGCCAAACACCUCGCCACUCCUUCCAUCCUUUACUCUCCCACCCUCACUGACGUCCCAUGUUGCUUCAAGCAGUUCUUCGCCUACAGCAAGACUAUCUCCUACUCUGGCCACACUCUCCCCCUCGUCGCCGUCCAAGUCACCCAACUUGCCGAUGCGGUCUUCAUCGGAUGCACUGUUAAUCACGCCGUUGUCGACGGCACUUCCCUCUGGCAUUUCUUCAACACCUUCGCUGAGAUCUGCAAAGGAGCCAAGAUUUCCAAUUCCCCCGACUUCACUCGCGACACCGUUUUCAACUCCAGCGCCGUGCUUAAAGUUCCGGUCGGCGGCCCCAAGGUCACCUUCGACGACGAGCAGCCGUUGAGGGAAAGAGUGUUCCAUUUCAGCAGGGAGGCUAUUCAAAAACUUAAGCUCAGAGCUAAUAACUGUGGCGCGAACGGUUUCGCGGGUUCUACGGAGUUCGUUGAAAAGCGAGUUAACGGCGAGAUCACGCCUGUCACGGCGAAUGGCAUAAUCCCUAAGACGGAAGAGAUCUCGUCGUUUCAAUCGUUGUCCGCACAGCUGUGGCGUUCGGUGACACGUGCGAGGAAGUUGGACCAGCGAAAAGCGUCGACGUUUCGCAUGGCGGUGAACUGCCGGUGCCGUCUGGAGCCGAAGAUGGACGCUUAUUACUUUGGGAACGCGAUUCAGAGCAUCCCGACCGUUGCAGAGGUCGGAGAGAUUCUGUCUAGGGAUCUACGGUGGUGUGCUGAUCUGCUGCACAAAAACGUCGUCGCACACGACGACGCUACGGUGCGACGUGGCAUAGAGGAUUGGGAGAAGGCACCCAGGUUGUUUCCGCUGGGAAACUUCGAUGGUGCUUCAAUGACCAUGGGUAGCUCUCCGCGUUUUCCCAUGUACGACAAUGACUUUGGGUGGGGCCGACCAUUGGCCAUUCGGAGCGGGAAGGCCAACAAGUUUGACGGCAAGAUCUCAGCGUUCCCAGGGAGGGAAGGAAACGGGAGCGUUGACUUGGAAGUCGUUUUGGCGCCCGAAACGAUGGCGGGGCUUGAAAACGACAUGGAGUUCAUGCAGUACGUCACGGGAACGGUGUGAGCCGUUACUGCAUAGUGAAUCUAGAGAAUACGUCAAGGAAUAGCCAUGGUUCGAUCUCGCGUUGUGGUCACCGUGUGGGUGGCGGGAGCAUUUUGCCACAAAGUUUAUGUACAACUGCAAGGUGUCUCCGUAGCCUUUUAUUCAACCAAAAAAAAUAAAAAAUUUAUGUACAA